AAAAAGUUUAAAAAUAAUUUGAUGAUCUUAUAUUUCAACUUUCUAAAUACCGUUUGUUUCUGCUUUUCAGAUUUAUUUUGAUGGAAUGAAAAAGGGGGUAAAAUUGUUAAAAAAUCAAUUCACUGGUCAAAUGAAAGAUGUGAAAAAAUAUAAGAUUGAAUCUAAAGCAGCAAAAAAGGGGGGACAGAGUAAAGUUCGCAAACAGAUGCCAGAGGUUUUUGAAGUGCCACAAGAGAAAGCUAUAGAACCUCAAGAAAAUGAGAAGUUAGUUGGAGAAUAUGUAAUGAACCUUGAUGAUAUGGAGCAGGCACCACAACAAUAUGAAUGCAGGACCAUUCGUCAGGAGUGGGUCAUAGCACUAAAGAAGAGGCUUCGACAAAGCAGAUCUCCACCAUCAGGUUUGACCCUGCCUGUUCUCAUGGACCCAACUAAGUGUAAGUCUCCAGAUGAAUUUAAAAACUCUGACACACAAUUAGGGGACUAUAAACUGUUCUUAUUAGGUGGUAAUCACCUAAUACAGGCAAUGAAAGAGCUUAAAGAUGAAGGGAUCAAUAUUUCAAGUGAGAUUAACGUUAAUUUGUAUGCUGGUCUAACCCCUGAGGAGGCUAGAAGUGUUGGGAAUAGACACAAUUUUAUGAUGACAACUUUGCCAGUAACUUUUCAACAAAAAGUUGAGCAAACAAGAAAAUUCUACAAAGAGGGAAUAACUGGGGGUGAUUUAGUAAAAAAAAUUAAAAAAAUCAUACAAGAAACAGAAGAGACAAAGGAAUUGAGCGAGGACAGCUGCAGCACCAUUGUAUCGGUUGCCACAUAUACUGAAACAGUAUACUUAAAAUAUCAAAAGUUGGUGAAAAUUCAUGAACAGAAAAGUGGUUGCGAUAAAAAUAUUUCACAGAGGCUAUUCAGGGCGUUGCAAGGAUGCAGUGAAUCAAACAAAUUGGAGUUCCUCUCCAAAGCAUUGGAGGAUGGUUUGAAAAUUACAGCUAUGCAUGUUGAGAAGGCUAGGGCCAGGGAAAGCAUCAAAAAAGUGUUUCAACAAAAUUUAGCCAUUGCUAGUUGGGAAGAGAUUAUAAAGAAAUAUCCUGAUGCAGGGGAAGAGCUGGAAAGAUUUGUCGGUAAGAAUAAAAUCAUAGAUUUGAUAAUAAUUGAACACAUCCAAAGUUUUGAGUAA